CAUUGGAGUUCCAUUCCUUGUUUUCUAAGUCAUGCCAUUUAUAUAAGAAGAACCUUACCAACAUAAACACACUUCUUUAAUUUAUUCUCCUUUAGCCAUUUUCUCUCUUUGUUCCUUUAUAUCGAUCUUUGAUGGAACGCGGUGUUCUUGAUGGUAUCAUCAGUAGGUUGCUUGAUGUUAGAGGAAGACCUGGGAAACAGGUGCAGCUUUCUGAGGCAGAAAUCAAGCAGCUUUGUGUAGUUUCCAAAAAUAUCUUCUUGAGGCAGCCCAAUCUCUUGGAACUAGAGGCUCCAAUUAAGAUAUGUGGAGAUGUCCAUGGUCAAUAUCCCGACCUUCUAAGACUCUUCGAGCAUGGCGGAUUUCCUCCUCGGUCCAACUACUUAUUUUUAGGAGAUUAUGUGGAUCGGGGGAAGCAAAGUCUGGAGACAAUAUGUCUUCUUUUAGCAUACAAGAUAAAAUACCCAGAAAACUUUUUCCUUCUUAGGGGCAACCACGAAUGUUCUUCUAUAAGCCGUAUUUAUGGAUUCUAUGACGAAUGUAAAAGGAGGUUCAAUGUUAGGAUGUGGAAAACAUUUACAGAUUGUUUUAACUGCUUGCCCCUGGCCGCUCUCAUUGAUGAUAAGAUAAUAUGUAUGCACGGCGGACUCUCGCCGGACUUGCGUAAUCUAAACCAAAUAAGGAGCCUGCCUCGUCCGACCGAAGUCCCCGAAAUCGGCUUGCUGUGUGACCUUCUUUGGUCUGAUCCUUGUGGAGACAUUGAGGGUUGGGGAGCCAACGAACGCGGAGUUUCAUAUACUUUUGGAGCUGAUAGGGUCACACAGUUUCUCGAGAAGCAUGAUCUUGACUUGAUUUGUCGAGCUCAUCAGGUUGUUGAAGAUGGAUAUGAAUUCUUUGCUAAUAGACAACUUGUGACUAUCUUUUCAGCACCCAAUUAUUGUGGAGAGUUCGAUAAUGCUGGCGCAAUGAUGAGCGUUGACGAGACACUUAUGUGCUCUUUCCAAAUAUUAAAGCCAGUUGAGAAAAGGCCUAAGUUCGGUUUCGCGAGCACCAGCGCAGUUAAGUCUAGCACUCCGACCAAAAUCAAGGCAUUUCUUGGUGGUAAAGUAUGAAGUGUGCUAGCUGACAGAAAUCUUUUGGACACCCAAAAUCGAUUUCGAGAAAUUGGUAGUGUUCAUCACUUCAAUAUUACGGAAGAAUGCAUUUGGCGGUAUACCUUAUCAGCUAUGAAGCGAACAAACUAACAAUAUUAACAAUUCCCUAUCAGAGUAUAGUUGUGUUUUUUCUAAUAAUUGUCCAUGAAAACAAAAAGUUGUAAUAGAUUCAUGUAGAUGUUUACUUAUCUCCGACAAAUAUAUUACAACUCAAGAUAGGACAACAUUAUUACUUUA